CCUCAUCUAGUACCUUCUCGAAGCAAGACAUAACCACGACGCAACCUCAAGAUGCCUUCAUCAACCCAAGGUUACUACGACGAGCUCAAUACGAGCAUCAAAGCCUCUCGUCGAAGUGAUGAUUCCCAGGACUCGCGGAGUACUGCUACCACCACAUCAGCUCACCGCAGUCCUAGACCGUCAAUUCAUCAUGCCGUCACGGACAAGCCCAUGUACGCCGAGCCAUACGACGUUUCACCUGCCACAACCUACUAUCCUCGAUCGUCUACAGAGACCUACCUCUCGGGAGCAUCACAAGACGACUUAUCCGAAGAGAAUUACGACCCCGAGUACGAAGUGCCGGAGUACAAGUGGAGAAACGAGGCUCAGAUCGACCUAAGACCGUCAACGCCUCAUGACUUUGCCCAAUUGUUCCCUACAUCAAAACGACUAUACAUCCGCCACGAUGACACUACAUAUGAUGGGAACAUGAAUCUGCGAGUUGAUACCGAGGACCCAUUCAGUGGGCGGAAAGCCAAUGUCCAGCUGUUCCACAUGCGCAUGCACGAUCUGAAGAAGAGGGAGUUUUCUCUCCGCCGCUACGAGCGUUCAUCUGGCCGAGAGGUCUGCCACUCGAGUAGGAAAUACGCGAAGCCAGCGUCCGAGCGACGGCCUAAGCUGACCCGAUCUAUGAGCAACGCUUUUGCUAGCAUCCGAGGAGCCAAACCAGAGCUGGAGCGAACGAACUCUGGCAUAUCAAAUCACGGCUCGAAACCCGUUAGGGCAGCCAGGAGACAAGAUAGCGGAUAUGGGUCGCAAGAGGAUGAGGAUGAGAUUGAAUCAUUCAAGCCUGGAACCCAGGUACCUACCAACACCUUGAAGCUGGAGUUCUCGAACUACGCCCAGGUAGAAGUUAGGCGUCGUGGAGCCAAAUCGUCGAAGCGAUAUGACUUUGAAUACUGGGGCCAGACCUAUACCUGGAAGCGUGUGAUUGAGAAGGACGGCCUAGGCAAGGCGGUGUCGUAUCAUCUGCAGAAGAGUGAUGGGCACGCAGUGGCUCACAUUGUCCCCGAGAUGCGUUCUCCGAGUCAGGUGAAAGAUGAAGAAGCGGCUGGUGGCUGGGUGCCCCCUUGCUCAAUGUGGAUCAGCGAUGAGAGCGUUUUGGGGGCACUCACUGACGUUGCCGAUGUCAUCAUCGCCACAGGCCUCAUCGCCCUCAUCGACGACUGCAUCAAGCGUCACUUCCACACGGAGACCAAGCACCACCAGGUCGGACUCCCACUCACACCCCUGAAGAUGGAUUUCGUGGGACCGAAAGCCAUGGCCGAGCACAUGUUCAAGCGUAGGAACUCAGCCGCAUCGGCCAAGGAGAAAGAGCACAAGGGAUCACCACUCCGGCACGAGAGCCCAAUUGCGGCUUUCAGCGCAGCUUCAUAUCGACAGUCGUAAACAGGCCGGAGGAGCACACAGGACGACGCGUCUCUCAGCUGGCGUCGGUUACGGCUACACAGGACCUGCC